UGUUUCAAAAUGGCGCUGGCUGGGGUAAAAUUUGAUGAUGGUCAACCUGGUUUUGUUCCAAAUUGCUUUCCUGUGCGGCCCAUUUUCGGUCACAACAGUAAUGAUGGUGGAAAAUGGUUAGUUGUGCAGCAUGAAGAGCAGCAACGAAGAUUUAACUCCAUUUUGUGCGCUAAGCCUCGGACAUACUCACGCAUCAAAGAAGAACGCAAAAAGUCUGAGCGUCUGGGGACAAAAUUAGACAACCAUAGCUUCAAUGAAAGCACAGAGGAAAAAGAAGAUGAAGGAAAAAUUUUGGAUGGAUUUUUUUUGAUGAAACACAGCUGUGUUGAAGACCCAUCAGAUCUUUGUUCUGUAAAUGUAGCCAAUCAAGAGCUAGUUGAUGUCAAAGAAGAAGACAUGGCACUAUUUGAAAAUGUAGCCUAUGUAAAUGCUGGAGAAAACUAUUUACCAUUUGAGGCUUUUAGAGGUUUUCCAUCAUUAAGAGAACUGGAAUUACCACUGAAUGGACUCAGAAGCUUAAAGAUAUCACAUACAGACUUCUCUAAUCUAGAGAUGUUGGAUCUGUCGUACAACAACCUGUCCCAGGAUGAUCUCUUGAACCUUGGUCUCCUGGUUAAACUCAAGGUGCUGCAUCUGACAGGGAACAACUUCAGUGGCUUGCCUCAAGAUUUAGCCAUGCCUUAUCUCUCUAGAGAAAGGCAGGUCAAAGUUCAGAGGUUUGCCUGCCUAGAAGUUCUGCUCCUGGAUGACAACAAGCUGAAGGAGAUGACUGUGUUUGCAGCACUGGCAGGACUCCCAAAGCUGAGACACCUAAAUCUGUCCAAGAAUGAGCUCUAUUUUGUGCCCCAACUUAAAUCUGUGGAAGGAAGGGUGAUAACUCAGGAUGGGAAAGACAGGAAACGGUCGAGUCACUCUUCCCACUCUAGAACCAGCAGGAAAAGCUCUCGUCAGUCAAAGCAAAGGAAUUCUGCUAAGGAAAAGACUGAAGGUCAAAAUGAUGACUCUUCAAACUUGGGGGAAACUAGAAAAACUUCUGACAGUAAAGAGUUGAAAGAUGCAAGUCUACCAGAUCUAUUAGCUGAUGACUUCAGUACUGCUGACCUGUCUGCUCGCAUAGAAGAAUUUGAUGAAGAAUCUACAACAUCAGCGCUAACUCCACAUCCAGAGCUGGAUGGCCCUCAAGUGCCACCAUUUCCUGAACUGCGAUAUCUGAAUUUGGCCAACAACAAUAUCUGUGAAGAAGAUGCACUUUUGGCCGUAGCAGCCUGGCCCCUGCUGGCUGAACUGGACGUCUAUGACAACCCUCUGACCACAGAUUUCUGUGGGGACCCACCAUUGCUGAAAAGGUUCCUACAGGACAGGCUGGGCAUCAAGCUCAACAGAAAAAAGCCACAAGAGGGUUCAGGGUUUCUUAAAAAAGGGAAAGUAGAAAUUCACCCCAAGCCUAUCAAAAUCACAGACAGGGUUCCUAAAGUGCCGAAGGUUCCUGUGGAAGAGAAGAUGAUGCUGGAACCACCACCAUCCCACAAGGCAAUUCAUGGCAGCUCCACUGCCAGAGAUACCCAUGAUGAUAUGGGGGUCAAAGGAGCUCAUCAAAAACCAGUUCUGCCACCUAUUCAAAGUGAAUCUAAAGAUGAAGUUUUAGAUGCCUGGAUAGAUGACUACAUGGAGAAAGAGUCCUUUGAGGAAGAGCAAGAUGGCAGAGAAGAAGUUCCCAGCAAUGCAUCAUCUGAUCAGUUUUUCAUGACUCAGUUGGAUGACAUGGGGGAGAAGAGAAAAGGCAGAGACUUCAAAGCAUCAUCUUUGGCAGAAAAAAGUUUUGAACCCAGGCAAAAUAAAACAGACCAAGCUGCUGAUUCAAAGUACCGAGGCUACGAGGAUUUGUUGAACAUUGAAGAUCUGGAUGAUGAGCCCAUUCUACCCCCUGCUAAAGACAUACAGGGCAACAUCAGAACACUAAAGCACACACUAAACCAUUUGCUGGUGUACAGGGACCCUGCUGUUGAACUGACCAGGGUCAAGAAAAUGGUGCCAGAGUAUAGAAGGGUGCCAGUUGUUCCUUCAAAGCCGACCCAGACAUACCAAGAGAAGGUGGAUGAUGUGCUGGCUAAAUUAAAAGCCAGGCCAACAUUUGAAGAGGAAAAACUCACCAAUGUGUUAACUGAUAAAAAGAAGUUCCAGAACAAAUUUCCAGAGGCUCAGGUCUUGCUGGGUCAGAUACAAAGGCGAUACAAUGCUGUCCGUGUUGCUUCUCUCAAGGAUGCCAAAACAGCUCAGGAAAUCCAUGGGAGUAUUCCAGGACUUGUACCCACCCCUCCAGCUAAGGCAAAACUAGUAUAGAACAAAUGUUCUAGGAUUUGUUCCAAUAUCUUCAGUUAAGGCAAAACUAGUAUAGAACAAAUGUUUUGGGAUUUGUUCCAAUAUCUUCAGCUAAGGCAAAACUUGUAUAGAACUAACAUUCUAGGAUUUGUUCAAAUACCUUCAGCUAAGGCAAAACUAGAAUAGAACUAAUGUUCUAGGAUUUGUUCCAAUCUCUCCAGCUAAGGCAAAACUAAUAU